AUGGGGAGGAGGCCAAGGCAGGCGGUUCACAUGGUGAACAAAAACUUUUCUACCCCCACGGGCCACACGCCGUCGGACGAACACAACACGGCCCCACCGCCAUUUACGCUGGCGAGAGACACGGAGGUGGAGCCGACGUUACGAUACCCCUUCACGUAUCACGGGCCGAGCAACUACGAAAACUUCUCCAAACGUCAACACCGGGAGUUUAAGGCGCUUUCAAAGGAGGAGCGGCAGCGGCUUGUGGAGGAGGAGGCUGCAGACACGGAUCUUCUUGAACGAACUGUACAUUUACGUUUCCUCCCAAGUGGCAUGCUGCAGGGAGAGUUGGCUGCGCUAUGCUCGGAGUGUGGGGAAUUUCUGCGUGUGCGCCUCUGCGGCAACUUCACCGUGACACAAAACUGGAUAUAUGGCUUUGUUGAGUUUGCCGAUCGUCGUGGUGCGGAAAGGAUGUUGCAACGCAGCGGCAUGGAGAUGCCAAAUGGUUCCGGAAAGCCACCACUACGACUGAAGUGCGACACCGCCAAACAAGCGAUUGUAGAUCGUGUCUUUCAUGACGCGGAUCCAGCGACGAAUAUGAAAUGCAUAUUUGGUUCCGGGAACUUUGCCUACCGCACCCUGAAGGAGGCUGUGGAUAGUUACUAUAACCUCAAGCGAAAAGAGUCCGAAAUGAUGGCUGCUCAGAGAAACCCACAAUUUCCUUCAAGUAUAGGCAAUAAAAACAGUUAUACCCCUCGUGGUUACGAGGUGAGAGAUACCAAUGGCACCUGGCAUACACCGGCACCACGGCACUACCCAAAAGCACAAGAGGGUCCCGCAGCCUUGAUGUGUCCCCCCGCAUUGGCCGGAGGAUACCGUUCACAAUCCCUUUCAAAUUCAGAUGAGGAACCUGCAGGGAUUACGCCUCCUUUACAUGUAUCGGCUACACAUGGAAAUGGCAUUGUUUCCGGUGAAAGCGUUCGUACACCACCUCCCUACCCACACCCCACUCAACAGAUGCGAUUACCGAAUCGUUUGGGCAUCGGCAGCAAUUACGAUGAGCGUAGCGAUGGCGCCAUGUCACACGACGGGAAGAACUCGCCCCAGUUUAUGCCUCCAUUCACGGCGGUCCCACUUGGGUUUGAAUCAAAUUUUCCGUUACCCUCAAAUCCGCAAGAUCCCACAGUUGCACGGGGAAAGGCUUUGGUACUGAGUUCCAUACGCGACGCCCAGAUUUUUUUUGCUACCGGGGAGAAAUUCUACGACGCGGUGGGUUCACUUCGUGCGCUUCUCAGCGUCUUGGACGGUCACAUUUUUCGCGUUGCUCGGCUAGAAGUGCCAAAGAGGACAGUGAACACGUUGGUGAAACACGGAGGAACAGAGGAAGAAGACGACGACGAAGAGACAACGCAACGCCUCACGCAGCUGCGUCUACUAGCGCACUUUUUUCUUUCUUUUCUUUAUCUUCAGAAGGGCAAAAAUGAGGAGUGUCUGUCUUCAAUUCACAGUGUGGUUAUGUGCUGCAGCUCCAUACCCGUGAAGAAGGCUCAGAGAACAUGCUCCUCAACUGCUCCUGCCGGACCUGCUUCACUUGCCAGGACACACACUGUGUGUGAGUCUUCAGGGAUACAAGCAAAUGGGGAGAAGAAUGAGAAAGAGGAGCAGAAGGAGGAGGAGGUUUUGCCUAUUGGCUCUGAUCUCUCUGCAAAUGAGGAGACAUCCUGCACAUUUAAUCCCAUUUCCCAGGCAUUUGACUUUUUUGGUGAAAUAGAUUUUGGCGGAGAGGACGAGAAUGAGGCCGCUGUUUUGAAUGCCGCCCUGGGAGUUCUGCCGUUGGAAGAGCAUGACACCUCAUUGGAGAGGCUAGGGGCGCAUAAAGAGCAGAGUCAUGAACGUGGUAUGAACCUUCAUGCCUAUGUAUUGAAUAUACUUCUUGCCAUUGGCCUUUCUAUGGAGUUGGUGCAACCGGUGGUGACGCGCUGUGUGUACGUUCUUGCGUCGACCCGCUCAAAGGAGGUAUUUGGUGCCACCCUACCGGAGUUGGAGCAGACCCUCAUUGACGGUGGUGUGCAUCGUCUUCGGCCUGUUCUUUUUCCACAAGUGGAGGAUCGAAACUUUGUGAAGGUCUUUUUUGAAUCCCUCAAUCUCAGCGAGACGAUGUCGGACGAUGUAUUCUGGUCUUCUCUUCUGCCAAAUCACAUGGUGCGCUUUUUUCCGCGACCGAGAGGUGAUGCGCCAUGGCAAUUUUGUUGA